CGUUCAGUGGGACUAAGGAAUCUUGUCUGCUCCCUAUCUCUAGAUUACUUAUCUGGGCUGUUGCGUAACGAAGGUGGUUAUUUGAAGGCUGGAAAGUGGAAGUAAGAGUGCCAACCAUAAACUAUAUGGCGAAUGCUGGCAUUGUUAAAUUCAGACAGUGUUCUAAGCAGAACUUUUCAAGUUCCCUUAUGAGAAAAUAUGUAAAAUGGAUGUGCUUUGUGGAAGGAAGUGGUUGUGUGUAAUACUUGUUACUGAUUGCUUCCAGUUUUAGAGGCCACUGUUCAUUGUUGCCAGGGCUACAGUUUUUGUGUCUAAAUGUGCAUUUUAACAGGAGCGGGAGGAGAGGCCAUGCUGCGGAGCCUCCCCUUUGCCCCGCUUCGCCGUCGCAGCGGGCUGCUGUGCCUCGUGAUCGUCGUGUUUGUGCCUUGUAGUGUGCUGGUACUGAUCUCUGCACCAGACCUAAGCCAGGAGCAGACAUUGGUGCAAAGGUUGGCAGAACUGCAGGCCAAGCUGCAGCACCUGGACUCGAUGCAUCAGGCUCGCCAAGAGGAAGUGCAUAUUCUAUCCCAGCACCUGGGGAUGCUUCUGACCGCAGAUGGUAACAACAGCUCCCUUUAUCUGCCGCUCAGCCCGGAGGUGAAAGUGCUGCUUCAGAAUCUUACAGGACUGCAGAGGGGGGAGUCCUCCCAACUGCUACACCUCCCCUCAAUCUACCAUUUUUUGCCCCAUCUACUGGAGAAUCCAUCCAGUCUCCGCCCAGCCUACUGCCUGUCAAGGGGGCGCACUGGAAUAUCAGUGGUGCUUGGUAUCCCUACUGUGAAACGUGAGGUGCAGAGCUAUCUUCUGGCCACACUGCAAAAUCUCAUUGACAGCAUGACUGAACAGGAGGCAGCAGAUUCUCUCAUAGUGGUCUUCAUAGCAGAGGUUGACCAGGAAUAUGUGCUGCAAGUUGCAAGGCAAAUAGAGGCGCAGUUUUCUGAGCGAGUGGAGUCUGGACUGAUAGAGGUGAUCUCACCCCCAGCCUCCUUCUACCCUGACAUGGAAAACCUGCGGGAGACGCUUGGGGACCCUCCCGAGCGUGUACGGUGGCGAACAAAGCAGAAUCUUGACUUUGCCUUUCUCAUGAUGUACUCACAGCCAAAAGCCACAUUCUAUGUUCAGCUUGAAGAUGAUAUUCUGGCCAAGAAGAACUUCAUCUCUACAAUGAAAAAUUAUGCUCUCCAGAAGAUCUCGGAGAAGUCCCCUUGGUUCGUCCUGGAGUUCUGCCAGCUUGGCUUUAUUGGCAAGAUGUUCAAGUGUGUGGAGUUGCCGUGGCUUGUACAGUUCUUUCUCAUGUUUUACAAUGACAAGCCAGUGGACUGGCUUUUGGACCAUCUGAUACACACCAAGAUAUGCAGCCUAGACAAGGACAGUAAACACUGCAAGAAAGCCAAGUCUGAGCUCUGGAUUCAUUACAAGCCGUCGCUGUUCCAACACAUUGGCACUCACUCGUCACUGAAAGGGAAGGUUCAGAAACUAAAGGAUAAACAGUUUGGAAAGGUGGCUCUGUACUUCCCACACAAGAAUCCAGCUGCUACAGUGGAGUCGGCCAUCAAACACUACAAACAGUAUAGUCUCACGAGGGCGUAUCUGGGAGAGACAUUCUUUUGGGGCCUCCUGCCCCAACCAGGGGACCACUUGGUCUUUAGGUUCACCACACCAUUGUUAAUAAAACACUACCUGUUCCGCAGUGGCAAUGCUGAGCAUCCAUCAGACCGUUUCUACAAUACCUCAGUAGAAGUUUUACCAGAAUCUAGUCACGCUAUCUUCGGCAAAUUUGACUAUAACGCCACCAGCGAUGGUUUUGUCAUAAUAGGUAAGUUUGAUGCGAUGGGAGUGGCCGAGGGAACGGUGGAUCCGCAGCUCGGACCUAUCAGCGUGCUACGGCUAAAUGUUCACAGUGACAGUGACAACUGGGCCAUCCUGAGUGAGAUCAACAUUAGUUCCAGCUGACAUGUCAACCGACCGAGCAGUACUGGUGCAGGGCUCGAGUAGGACUAAAGUGCUGUCAGCUGUGAUAACGUUUGAUACAGCCACAGAUGGUGUCACUAGCUGUGCCAUAUUUUGUACAAAGUGUCAUGCAGCUGACAUGCCAUCGCCAUCCUCAGGAUUUUAAUCAUAUGUAAUGUACAGUGAAUAUUCCAAAGUGCCUCCUACUGUCUCAUACGUGGCAUUCGGUGUCUCAGUCGUGCUUGAAUGUGACCAAAUGUCGCAGUGUAAUGCCUCAUAUUCUGAAAGUCUCAGGUUCUAGUCUCAAUCCAGAGGCCAGCUAUUUUUACUGAAGUCUUUCUUGGUUUUCCUAAUUUUCUUCAAGAAAAUCCUGGGAUAGUGCUUUAAAAGAAGCCACAACAAUUUCUAUUCACAGUCCCUUCAGACAAAUGCUAGGAUUGUACCUUAAGUUAGGCCAUGACCUCUUGCUCCAAAAUCCUUUCUUAUUUAUUAUUCUCUAAUUGUCUUCUUAUUUAAUGCUAUAUAUUGUGACUUACUGAAGCGACGUGCCAGCCACGAGCUGCAUCCUUUCCAUUGUGGCGUGUCUGUUUCAUCUCUGCUUCUUUCAAAUACAUUUGUUAGCCUAGAAGUGCGGGAGCCACGAUGCCCCGUGGUAGGGAACGAGAACAUGCUACGUUGCAAGCAGACAUGCAACUGUUGUCUCUCAUGUCAGUUCAGUAUAGUUCAUGAAUCAUUUGGGUAAUUUUUGGGUUGGUUAGAAAAAGUUCAUAAUUGUAGAUUUAUUGUUUGGUAAGAUUAUUUUAAGGCUAAUACACAAAAAGAAAAUUAGAUUACUUGUAAUCUUGAUUUAUCAGAAAUUUGUAUAGUUCAGAAAAGUACCUGUUCUCACGGGUGCUCAUAAUAGCCAGGUUAGGUUGCAGUUGAAAUAUAUCAUCUUCAGUUGUCAAUCCCAGCUUCUGGUUAUAUGUAUCACAAUAUGGCCCUAAUAUAUGAAGAACCUGUAGUGGUUAGUGCAGUGUUUAUUUUUUGUUGAAAUUGUUACGGACAUGUGAAUAUAAUGUAGGAUAAUUUAACAGUCUUCAUGUCUUUGCUGUUAUUGGAACCGAGAUAUCACAUAUUAACAUAACCUCUUGUACUUGCAGUCAGUCACAUUAGGAUCAGUUCUUUACGAUCAAAGGUCCUCUCUACUAUUCACUGCACACCUGCAAGUCCUUUCCAUUUUUUCCCAUAAUUUGCUCCGUGUGCAUAGGUACGUGAGAAUGAACACAUCCGUUCGAAUGAAACUUGUCUGGCAGAUAUGAUCCAUGAAGUUAAAGUUGAACGAACGUAUGUGUGUAACCUACGUUACAGGCUGGUUUUGAACACCAUGAUAUGAAUAUCUAGUCUUCCAUCACAGAACAGUUUAUCGUAUUUUGUUAUCGUUCUUCAAAAUGGUGAAUAGUGUUGAUGCAGUCAGUCCAUAUAGUGUGUUCCUUCUUCACUCUUUGAAGACGCACGGUAGGAUAUCUUCAAUAAAAGAAAUCAAAAUGUCAGAGGAUGGCCAUCUUCAGACUCAACGCCAUGAAAACCUUGAAUCCCAAAAUGUAUAAAAUCUGCUUGUAUAAAGGCCAGGAGUUUGAAAACUUUGCACAUGGGUAAAUGGAUUAAUUCUUGACAUACUAGUCUUUACUUGAAGCUUGUAGCUUGCAAAAAUGUGGUAAAUAACAUUUAUUUUUGAAUGUGCUGCUUUUCAACACUAGAUGAUUUGCACUUGAUCAAGCCAUCCUUGUAACUCAGUCUCAGUUAAAUCCUAUAUUUAAGAGGUUGAUCAAAUAAGGUUAGUUUGUAACCUGUUCAGAGAAUCAAGUGUUAGGUUAGGUCAAGUAAUAAAGGGCAUCAAAAAUUUUGAAAGAAUUUUUUAUUUAGAACUAUCAGGUUUCUUGGUCUCAUUAAGAUCGGUAGAAUAAGUGUGUCUUUAGAUGGAUGUGCAUAUUUUAUUGUUGUGGGAUUGCGCUCUGUUGACGGUUAUUUUGUGUAUUGCAGUGUUUAGUGAUCUCUAUAUUAUUUCAGAAUUCGUACUCAGGACUCAUUCCUGUGUCUUCCUGAUCUGGUUGUGAUGCGGCAGUGUAACCCGCACUUGUGCUCCAUUACUCGGUUCUUUGUGUGACUCAUCCUUUGGUGCCAGUCAAGCCUUUCCUGUUGUUACGACGCCGCGUAUUUACUGUCGAUGUUUGGCCACAUCUCGUGUAGAUACUAUUCUAACAAAACAGCAUACAGCUCACCAAAUCAUCAAGUGUCACAACCAAGUGCUUAACACUCAAUCCUCAUGUGCAGGAUGUUCUGGGUUCAAAUCUCAGCCCUGAGAAUUAUGUGAUGCUGCGCAUCCUUAAUCACUUCAGCAUUGUAAAAUAAGCCACAGAUAUACAACUUACUGAGUCUGCCUUAUCAGACCCUUGAUAAAUUGUUGUGCCUUGUGCAAGCCAGACAUUUGAGAGAAUGAAAGUUGUUUCUGUUCCUUGCAGCAUGAAGUUUCAAAAUGUUUAAGAAGUGAAAUUAUUGUUACUUAGCAAUGGCAGUGAGAGUUCUCUGCUGCAUCACUGACACUACUAUGGGAAAGAUUAACAUUUGCGUUUUGCAUCUCUGUCAAUUCUUGUUUUUGAUUGUCUUGACUAUCUGCUCCAGUGUUUGGGAAUUUGAAAUACAUUUUCGCAUGUGUUGUUUAGCCUCCCAUUUCUAUUCAUGUGUUCCUCAUUGUUGUAAACAUGGCAGGUUGCAGAAAAAUGCAGAACUACAAUGAAUACUUUCUCAUUUGUAUUGAAAAAUUUUAAAUAAGGAGAAGUUUCUUGAGAUGUCAAUCUCUGCAGGUGUAAUAAGGUAUAUUUUUCAUGGUCAUUGGUGCACCACUUAUUCUGACCUAAUUCACUGGCUUCCAACUAAGGCCUGUUUUUAUCAAUAUGACUAGUUUUGUGCGUCAAACAUAGAUGCCAUUACAUUUGUACUCUGUGGCAUUGUGUGUGGCUCCUUGUAUUAAAGGUAAUAAAACAUAAAAGCAACUGAAUUAGUCUGGGUUUGUCAGAAAGUCAUCUCCAUGAGAUUGGUUACACUGAUGUAGUCUGCCUCUCCGUUCCAUACCAAUGUCGAUAUUGUAAUGCAUUCUGCUGUUAGUGACCUAUAGAAGCACCGAAACUUGUGUUUUCUUAUGACAUAAAGUGAUGAAUUUACUGUUUUAAGAACACCAGUUCCUGAAAAAAUAAAUAUUGCUAGGAAAAAUA